AUAACAUACAAAUAGUUAGGAAACAAAUAAAACUAUAAAAUUGUGAUAUAGCCUGACCACUAUAUUAUUUAUUCCUGAGUUAUUAAGUUUUAUUUAGCUUACAUCAUUGACCUCUGAUGAAUAGGUUAAUACUAUUUAAUAAUAACAUUUUAAACAAGAUUUCAGCUCAACAGCUACAAUGGCAGCUCUACGGUUUUUGUUCUUAACUAUUUUUAACUAAUCUGUAGCAGAUCUCCAGGACGUCCCACCAGGCAAAGUUCCUUUUAAGCAAUUAAAUUCUAAAUAAACAAUAAAAUCUAUCUAUCUAUCUAUCUAUCUAUCAAUUUUUGCCUAUUGUGAUUUCAUAUGCAAGGAGAUCCAGAGAGCCACUUUUGGACAGUUCUAUAACUUCCUAUAGCUAGAUAAAAGUGUCUUUUUCCAUACCUGUCACACAAUAACUAUAAUUAUAACUAUAAUUCCUGCGAUAACUAGUGUUCCUUUCAUAAGUUUGGAAGAUUGUGGUGUCCUUUUGUCAGGAUAUACUGCUGAAUAUAAAUUCUUAACCUAAAUACAGUUUUGUUUGGAAUCAAAGCUUUGAUUUUGACAGAAAAAAAAAUCUUUUUUUAGUAAUUCAGAAAAACUGAGAAAAAAGACCUUACGGAUUAAAAAAGAGUAUUCAUGUAUAAGUUUUCAUAGAGAUGCUGCCUUGAGCACAGAAGUCAUGUUGAAACCUGCAGUAUUUGAAACGCGUAUCGAGGACGAUUGAUGCCAUAGCUAGAAUUUCUUCAUAGGGUGUGUUAGGCUUUGAUUUCUUUACUUAUCAAGUGUAGCUCAGGUGAGGCAGAGCUCUCCAGGAUGGAGUUUGGCUCUACCGAGAGUGUGAACAUGGAAUGGACAAUUUAAUCACAACCAAGAUUGUGAAUGCAGAGGGAGGAUCAGGCGUUUCAGGGAAAGUUACAGAGAGUGUGACCACCACAACCAGACUGACAUCCCUUCCUCCAAAGGGCAGCAGUAGCUCAGUGAGCACUCAGCGGGUGCUGACAUCUACCUCUAGCUCUAGUUCUGGUUCUGGUUCUGGUUCUGGAGGAACAGUGCUGGUGGAGAGGAGGAUCAUCACCCAGAGCAGCGGAGGAGGAGGAGGAGGUGGAGGAGGGAGCAGCAGUAAUGUCAUAUCCUUAGGUGGCUCAAGUAGCAGUGCGGUGCAAGUUGUGACUGGUGGCGUGAGCAGUGGCUCAUCUGUGACUUCAUCUUCUCUGGGAACAUCUUCAAGUGGAGCUGCUGGAGGUUUGGGAGCUUCUGGCAAAUCCUCCUCCAUCAUUACAGUUGGAGUUUCUUCAGGAGGAGGCGGGGGUUCUGCAAGCUCUUUCGAGUCCCGCUCAUCUUCUCAGCUUGUGUCCAGCUCUUCUGGGGACUUAGGAAGCCUUUCAGUUGGUUCUAUGAAUCUGUCAGGGGGUGGGGCUCACUCAUCAGCCAUGUUUUCUGGAGGAGGGGCUUCGUCGACUGUUAUAUCAGUGGGAGGUGGCUCUACCAAAUACACCUCUUCUACGACAAGCGCCACGAAGAGUGCUAGCUACUCACCAGUCACACAGAGGAAAAGCAGCCUGACCCUGCGUACUGCAGGAUAUGAAGGAAGCUCCAGUGGCAACUCCUCCCCUGAAUAUACUAGGAAAGAGUAUGCAGCAGCAGCAAGUGCAGCCACCAGAGGACGCACCCAGACAAGAGAGAGUGAGAUCAGAGCCAGACUGCAGAGUGCCUCUCCAUCCACUAGAUGGACUGAGCUGGAUGAUGUGAAGAAACUUCUUAAAGGAAGUCGCUCCAGUAGCAGCAGUCCUCCUCGCUCUCCCACCAAUACACUGCCCAUACCUAAAAAAGCAAGCGUGGACACACGCGUGGAGAGCCACUCAGGAUAUGACAGCUCUAUCCUGGAGUCUGCGUAUAAUGGAUAUGGCUAUCACACCAACCCCAACAACCUCAGCCCCAACUCCACUCUACAACACAACAUGGGCCUGCAGAACAACCUGACCUUGAACUCCACAGCCAUGGGCAGUGGCCUUUCUGCUGGAAAUGCAGUGUAUGGGAUGCAGAAUAACUUGGCAAGCGGUGGGGGAGUGGCAGUCACUGCAAAUGGGCUUAGUAUUGCUCCAGUAUAUGGAGUGAGAAAGAACAUUGUGAGCACUACAGCUCCCACAACUGCUGCAGCCGCCCCCAGCAGCCCUGUCACCACCGAUGAUGUGUUUGUUAAGGAUUACAAGUUCAUGCUGCUGGAGAAAGACAACGUUCCGGUGAAGAAAGAAAGCGAGAGGCUGAUUAUGUCGAAAGACACAGGCAAAACAUUCACUUCCACCGGUGGACUAUCAGCCACAUUUUCAGAUGACUCGCUGAAAAGAGAGAAAAAGAUGAUCUCUGGAACCACAGAAACAGUAGUCAGUGGUGUCAAAGUUGCUGCAACAAAGGAUAAAGCCACAUACGCAGAGAUUGGUAAAGAUGAAUCUGGAGGAGGUGGGAUGGGAUUCUGCUCCUGCUGUACAUGGUGGAAAUGGCUGCUUGGAUUGCUGUUGGGACUGCUCUUACUGCUGGGUCUUCUCGCUGGACUCAUCGCUCUCUCUGAGGAAGUAAAGAGCCUAAAGGCUCGAGUGGAACGUCUGGAAGGCGGCGGGAGCACCAUAGGCUCCGCUCACACUAGCCGCCUGUCAGCACCAUCCUCUGUGAACAUUUUAGAUCCAAUGGAUUCUGUACAAUAUGAACGCACCCCUAUAACACGAUCAGAAAACACUAUACAACUAGGAUCUGUCCAAACGCAGCCUGACCCAGCCACACUGCACAGGACCAUAAAACAACUCGUUCACUCUGAACUACAGUCAGAGACCGUCAGAGCUACUCUGGCAUCCUCACUGAAAGGAGAGAGAGGGGAGCCUGGGGCCAAAGGUGACCAGGGAGCACCUGGGAUUAAAGGUGAUGCAGGAUUUCCUGGAGUGCCAGGUCCUCCUGGUCCUCCUGGUCAUCCAGGACAAGAAGGUGCAAGAGGACCUAAAGGAAGUGCUGGUGAGCCAGGACAUGAUGGCCCUCCUGGACAGAGAGGCCGUGAGGGGCCAACAGGACCCAGAGGAGAACCAGGCCCUCCUGGAGUGGGUGAGAAAGGAGAGAAAGGGGUAUCUGGAGAGCCUGGACCUUCUGGACCUGCAGGACCACCUGGACCUAUGGGACUCAGAGGUGAAAUGGGUGCUCCGGGUACUGUGGGUCUUCCAGGGGCUCCUGGUCCUCAAGGCUUCCGUGGAGAUGCUGGUGAUCCUGGACCAAAAGGAGAGAGAGGACCUGCAGGGCCUCCUGGAGCUAAAGGUGAUCAAGGAGAGAAAGGGCCCCGUGGUGUUACUGGAGAACCAGGGCAGCCAGGACCCAUCGGUCCACCAGGAGAGAAAGGACCCAAAGGAUCAGCAGGUGCCCCUGGGCCAGAUGGUGCAAAGGGAAAUCGUGGGGACCAAGGACCAACUGGGUUGCCAGGUCCACGUGGACCAGCUGGACCUCCAGGAGAUGCAGGCGUGCCAGGAACUCCAGGGCUUCAAGGACCACCAGGUUUGCCAGGAACACCAGGACAGCCUGGGGCUAAAGGUGAACCAGGUGAACCUGGAAGAGUUAUCACUACAGGCUCUGCUUCCAACACUGUGGCUAUUCCUGGACCCCCUGGACCUCCUGGACCAGCUGGGCCUGCUGGACCUCCUGGACUGUCAGGUCCCAUUGGCCCUGCUGGUCUUCCUGGCCCGGCUGGACCCAAGGGAGGAAAGGGUGACAAGGGUGAUGAUGGUGAACCUGGCAUUUCUGCAAAAUCUGUUGAAAGAGUCAAGUUUGAGCCUGUUGCUGGUCUUCCUGGUCCUCCUGGCCCCCCUGGACCACCUGGAGAACCAGGGAAACCUGGUGAAGGCAAAACUGGCCUACCAGGACCCCCAGGUCCACCUGGAGAGCCAGGUAUUGGUCUCCCUGGUCCACCUGGUGACAAAGGUGAACCAGGAAGCUUUGUACCCACCUCAGAAACCUUUUUCGCUGGACCCCCUGGGCCUCCUGGACCUCCUGGACCUCAAGGAGAGCCUGGUCAUCCUGGACUGCCAGGAGAACCUGGAGUUGGUUUUCCAGGGCCUGAAGGCCCAAGUGGACCCCCAGGUCCUGAAGGCUUACCAGGCCCUCAAGGACCACCAGGCCCAGAAGGGCCACCAGGUCCAAAAGGUGAUGCUGGUGUCCCAGGGGCCCCUGGCAUCCCAGGAUAUUCUUAUGGUGGAGGCAGAAGCUCACCUGGACCACCAGGUCCACCUGGACCUCCAGGGCCUCCUGGACCUCCUGGUGAUGCCUCUGGCUCUCCAGACAUUUCUCAGCAGCUUAGUGACCUUCUUAGAAAUGGUGGCAUUAGGGAAUACUUCACUGGUCCUCCUGGGCUUCCUGGACCACCUGGAAGUGUAUCUGAUGAUGAUUUGGCUAAUCGUGUAAUCAGUUACAUACAAAGAGAGGAGGUGAGGCAGUAUCUGGUAGGUCCCCCAGGACCACCCGGACCUCCGGGUAUUCCAGGCCUCAACCCUCAGGAAGUAGCUGGAAGAGUCCUCAAUCUUAUGAAUGAGCAGGGUAUGCUGACGCAAUCUGGACCUCCAGGCCCACCUGGCCCUCCAGGACUUCCUGGAACACCCUACAAUGAUCUCCCAAUUCUCUUACAAAACUCAGAAUAUAGAAGAUUGACUGGGCUACCGGGGCCCCCAGGCCCUCCUGGGUCUCCUGGCAUCCCAGGACCUCAUGGACCCCCAGGUCUUGUUGCUUUCACAGGCACAUUUGGCCUUGAGGAUAUUCAGAAAUACCUAGAGAAUGCUGGUUUUAGAGGCCCACCUGGACCCCCGGGUCCUCCGGGACCUCAGGGUCCUCCUGGAAUCACAGGGGGCCUGGUGUCAUAUGCUGAGAAUGCACAUCAAGAGCCAAUCCGUGCUGAACUGCAGGAAUAUCUAAAGAGUGGCAGGGUGUUCCGUGAAGAGCCAAGCCAUAGCUUUGCAGAGAGCAAACAUUUGCCUGUUGAGACUUUGGACUACCCCAGUAUUGCAGAACAAGUGGUGAACUACAUCAAAUCUCAUGGUUUGUUGUUGUGGGAUCUCAAAGAUAUUCAAGGGCCGCCAGGUCCUCCUGGACCUCCUGGACGUCCUGGAAUCAGCCAUUCAUACAGUACUUAUGGCAACAUGACUGAGAUACUUAAAAUUAUUAGAGACCAUGGCAUGGUUGGACCACCAGGAAGACCUGGGCAGAAGGGAGAAAUAGGAUAUCCUGGUCCCAGAGGACCAAGAGGUCCUAGAGGUGAGCAAGGCAUCCCUGGUCUGCCAGGACUUCCUGGUAAUGAUGGACUAAGAGGACAAAAAGGAGAAAAAGGAGAAGCUGCCUACAUAAAUCACAGAAGAAAGAGAAGUACAGGUGUUUAGACUGACACAGAAAAUGAUGAAUUAUUUUCCAUAAAUUUAAUAAUUUCUGUAGCUUUUUUGUUUGCAACUUUUUGUAAGAGCCAAACCAUGGGAUAGGUAAAGCCAUAAACACACUACACUCGCAGAAAUGCAGAAAUGAAAAUACAGUGACUCGCUGACAGUCAAGAUGUCAAAUUUCUUGACAUGACAAAAUGUAUGUACAUAAUUCAUUUGUUUUAUAAUCCAAAUAUAGAAAUAUCGUAGACAGAAUUAGGUUCAAAUGUAGUGUUUCAUCAAUUCUUAAUCAAAUUUACUUUUUUCUACUAUGAAUUUUUGAAGAACAAUUUUUUAACUACAACAUUUUAACAUGUUUUGUUUGAUUAUUCAGAACUCUUCAUCUUUUUCUAGUUUCACAUAGAAAAGCUCUUUUCAUAUUUUUAGUUUGGGAUUUUCCAUGUAUUGUGAAAAGAUUUAUACUUUUUUUUUAAACAUCAUUUACUUCAUUUACUAAUUAUGUUAAUGAAUUACAGAGUAAAUAUCAUAACAGAACAUAUUUCAUAACUAUGUCUCGUGGAGGGCAUCGAGUUUUUUACUGUAACUGAUGUCAAUACUAACACCAGAAUGGGGCAGUUGCAGCUCAGCAGUAAAGGCUCUGUACUAGUGCCCAGAAGUUUAUGAGUUCAGAUCCCAAAACUACCAGAGAGCCACUGUUGUGUCCUUAAGCAAGGCCUUUACUCCUUAAAAGCUCUGUUUUAUGCUUGGAAAGUGACUUCGGAAGAAAGUAUCUACUGAAUGAGUACACGGAAAUGGUUUUCUAUAUGAAAG